UUGAUAAUGCGAUGAUAAUAUUGUAGUUUUGCAAAAAUAUAACCGACUCGCUGACGGUGAAUAAUGCAUAGCCCUUAGCCACGCAUAGAUCUAACUAGUAAGUCAAGGAAAAGAGGAAAAUGACAAAAUGGUAGACCGACAGGAGAGAUGGAUAGCUCUGGAGCUACACACAGCAGACGACCCCUCUCAAUGGAGCGAGAAAAAGUUGGCAGUGGCAGUGCAAUCUUAUACUGUGGGGCUUUUCUUCUCUCAGCCGUGGGGAAGUUGUAUACGUUGUACGCAAUGAAGUAUUACAAUAACAACAUUUACCCACUACCAGCGACUACACUAGUGGCAUGGGCGGAAGUAUUGAAAUUAAUCACCAUGGUGACGAUAAUGCUUCUCCAGGGAAAUCUUUUCCAGACCCGCUUUUCGGUAUAUUUUGCCCUACCGGCCGUUUUAUACGGUUCUACAAAUAACAUCAACGUGUAUGCACUGCACUACACCUCGCCCCCAGUAUGGGCAGUUUUAAUACAAAUGCGGUUGAUCUUUGCGGCACUAACGUACAGGUGGAUUUUUAAACGUAGCAUCACAAAGAUACAGUGGCUGGCCCUGGUCUUACUGAUUGGCGGGAUAGUUGUUACAAAAAGCACAGGAGACACACUGAAAGGAAACUAUAUUCACCCGGCGGCCAUUGCCUUGGCAGCGAUUAAAUCUUUACUCUGUGUGGCGGCAGCCAUAUUGACAGAGUUCCUUUUCAAAAAUGACCAUCGAAGUUUUAUUGAACAGCAAAUGCAGUUGUACUUCUUUGGUGCAGUCGUGACUUCAUGUUUUAGCGCAGUGGAACUGAGGACCUCAUCCACCUCGUGGCCGCUGUUUCAUGCAAGUACCCAUGGAACAGCUGUUGUUUUCCUCCUAGUUCUGUACUUGUUGUUCUCUGUAAUCACAGGCUGUGUCGUUGCUAUAGUUAUAAAGAAGUUGGACAACAUAGUUAAAUUAUACGUCGGGGUGCUCUCUAUCUUGAUCACGACAUUCAUUUCCUCGGUUUUCUUUUCUGGCGUUUUUAAAAUAAGCGCCCAGUUUGUUGUUGGGUUUCUUCUGGUUUGUGAGGCUAUUUUCCUGUACGAGAAACCGAGUUUGUGACAAAGGGGCCAUGUGAAAUUUAAGAUAUUUGUGGAAAUCAAAAAUGGUAAUUGGAAGCAGACAGCGUUGAACCCCUAGUGGGGAGUACCCCCCUUAUUCAAAACUAUGCUGAAUUUACCUGCCGUUCUGAAACAAAAGGUACGUAACACUGAAACCAGAGAAAUAGAAAUUCCAACCUGACAUUCUGGUGGCGUUUGCAGUUUCUGUGCAAAAUGUCGGCCAAUAGCAUAGCUGGAAUGUAAAUGUAACAUUUU